AUGGCUGAGCAGACGCUGGAGGAGCUGAUGGCUGGGAUCCAGGAUGCUGCCAGGGACAGAGGGAUGGACUGGCUGCUUGAGCAACUCGGUGCAGUGCUGGAGGCGGCGGGUCAAGAUGGCUGCGGGGAUCCGGCGUCUGGGACGGCGGAGGAGACCGUCGCAACAUUUGAGCCUGGGUCCCGUGGAUGCGGGGGGUGCUGGGACCGGGUCGGGUGCAAUGCAGGGGUCUCGGUAGGAGCGCAGGGUGCUGCUGGGGACGGCUAUAUGCAUACUCAAUUGCCAGCACAGGGCCUGUUGGGGCCACAGGGCCUUGUGGGUGCAGCUGGGCCUUCCCACGGGGGGGUCGAGGUUAGGAGUGCAUGCAGGGACCAGGGAAGUACCCCCAGGGCUCUGGGGGGCGUGGCAAGAUCAGAGAUGGCGCAGUCAUGUGGGUCUGGCAGACCGCACUUUGGAGGGCGCAGGGCCCGCAAGUAG